UUAAAUUCAUGAAAACCGCGGUAAUGGUGCGUCACAAAGAAUCGGUGUGCGAUCACAAAGAAACGGAAGUGAUCGCAAGGAGAAAGUUUCGCUUUUCCCGACGUUCGGCUGUAAAUGUAAAAUUCUCUAGGGGAAGUUCCGCAAUGGUGGCGUGCGCGCCGAUAUAGAGGGCUUUUAAGAUUUUCUGUGAAGCGCUAAAAAGCGAGUUUGAACCGGCCUUCUUCGGAUUCUGCAUUGUCUGACUGCUUAUCCGCACGAGAUUCGCCCGAGAUUGGUAACCACAGGUUACAUCCAUAAAGUGUGGGUCAUGCCGACCACUUGCAGAGUAAUGUAAUGAAUAACUGUGGGAACUCUAAUAUUAGCACGAGGCUACGUGGUUCCAAGUGCGCCGAGACUCAGGACGAGUCUACGAACCAGGGUGGGGAAAUAGAGAAGGAAGACGAUAGUGAGAUAAGUGGUUACAGUGUGAAUGAUAUAAAUCCUCCACGUGCCCCCCUGGUCAUUCAACGAAAUUCCAACUAUUCGUCAGAUCACGGUUUUACUAGAUUUAAAUCCAGACUUUGCAGUGUACCAAGAAAUGAAUUUCGAAUGGCACGUGGCGGCAGUUCCGCAGAUCGCGCUAGAGGCGGGACGCGUGGGAGGGCCUUCAAGAAGACCUUCAAUGAUCGCGAAUCAAAUUCAGAGUCCAGCUAUCACUCUACAUCUAGACCCAAGUUUCAAGAAUCGUUGAAGAAUCAUGAGAACGCACAGGGCAAAUAUUAUGACGAUAAAAGAAUAAAUGAGGACUCGAAAAUUUCCAAGCUAUUACGGCGAUUGUGUCGCGAAGAUGAUUACGAUCACUUCCUGGUGCUUUGCAAACAAGUGCAGGAUGGUAUCGUCGCACCUGAAAAUCAACGAUACAUACGACGACACUUAGAGAAUAUCUGUGACAGUUUAUUAGAUAUUUUAUACUCCGGUCUUAAUCAAGAAGCCAAGCAACAGGUUGCAAAAUGUUUAGGUCGAAUCGGAUACAUAGCAGACCAAGAUUUUAAAAGAUAUAUGGAUUGGAUUUUCAAUAAAUACAAAUACUCGGAACAUAAAGAUGAUAUAAGAUGUCUACUAAUCAAAUCACUUAUCGAGACGCUCAAGAUGGACUCUGAGACAUCCAAAAUGAAAGAUUUCUCUGUGAUGAUGAUGUCCCAAUUACAAUCGGUACUGGAAAAUGUCGAUAGAGCAGACUUACUGAUGGCGACUAUGGACGCUAUAUUACUCGUCAUAGACUCCUAUCCGGAAACAUUUACGAACAUCUACUUUCAUGACACGGUGGACAUUCUUGUAGGCUGGCACAUUGAUUGCACGCAGCAAAAGUCGGUCAUCGUUUAUGCGAGUCGCUGUUUGCAAAAGUUGCGCUCGUUUUGGGUAGCGGAUCUGGAGUUCACGCUGACACUGCUCGGUCAUUUCCUGGAGGAUAUGGAAAGCUACGACGAGGAAUUAAAUGUACCUAAAUCCGGCAGUACUUCGCCAAGCGGCGACGAAUCUCCGUCGUCCAGAAAAUGCAUCUUACGCAUCACAUCGUUGAUAUCAGUCUUUAACACAGUGACAAAGAGUAUAUCUGAGCAUUUGAAUCCGAACCUUGCACCCAACGUACAGUGGUCUUUUCUAACGGAUUGUUUAUCGAAGAUGCUGAAGACCGUUGUUAAAGCAAUCGAAUUUGAAGAAGAGAAUGAUGUCUGGCCCAAAAUCAUAUCUAACAACACGGAGAAUCUGAUCAAAUGUAUAAAGAACAUGAAUUCGUCGCCGAAAGACAUGGAAAUGCUCUCCAAGCACUUCAGCAAAGACGAGAUUACCGAGGAGAGUCUCACCAAGAUGAUCAAGUCUCUGUCUAUAAACAAGAAAAAUGAUAAAAAGAAUUCCAAGGUGGUUCUCGAUAAAGCUGUACUGUCCAAAGAGAAGGGACAGGCGUUGGUGAAUUUGUUGCGAUCGAUGGAGCCGAAAGUCAAACACAUCGACGACUUGUCGGAGGAGAAGGAAGAAUUGAUUGUGGUCGCGAACGAAUGCGCUUUUCUGCUCCUCGGCCAUCUUCAGAGUCGCGUCACCAAGAACCACGAGCUCCUUUAUAAAUUCAUCGACCUUCAAUUGCAGAGAGUGAAUAUCUUCUGGGACGACACGACCAUUUCCAUGCUGGCCACUAUAUCGAAGAUCAUAAAAGAAGUGUCCGCGAAUUUGCCGCUGGAGUUGGUGCACACGUUGCUCGGCAAGGACUCAGCGCUGCUGAAAUUACGAUUUCGGAAUUCCAUCGCUAUACAAAACGCGACUCUGGGAGUGUAUCAUAGCCUUCUGAGCCUGAAGAAUAUUCCGCUGUUGCAGGAAUCUUAUCGUUAUGUAUUAGCGGACUUGGAGAUUGCUUACAGACUCAUAUUGCCCGAUAUGGACAGCUUAGUCGCGGACAAUCCGUUAAAUGACCUGAAAUACGUGAAUAGCCACACUGAGAUAGUGAUCACGUUCAUACUACGCGCACUUUCGGAUAUAGCAAAUGCGAGUAAUUCGAUUAUCGGAAUGUGGGCCUUGAAGCCCAGUAUCUUGGAGCUUCUUGCAGUCAAGUUAAAACCAUAUGACACCACGUUGUCUACGAUCAGUCCGUUUUUGCAAUAUAAUAUUCUGUAUUUACUGUGCGCACACUGUUCUAGAUACAAUCACUUUGUUCCAAGUUCAAGUUUGCUAGCGAACAUCAAUGCUUGUCGAACGAUGGACAUAUUUCCCGGACCUUUGGACGUGUCCACUAAAUCGCCAACCAGCGGGCAUUUGUCUAUUAUUCUCAAUCUAAUAGCGAAAACGUACAACAAGAGCACGCCCAUACAAACAUUGCUGCUCUUGUCCAAUUGGAUGCAAGAAAUUUGCGUGCAAUCGGAGAAGUAUAUCGGAAUCCUGAGCAAAACUCAGGAGUGCCAAAGUAUCAUCGCGAGCUUGAUCACUUGCGGCGCCACAACCAACAACGACAUCGCGAGCGCGGUGUGCAAUCUCUUGGAGAUCUUGAUGGCCGCGAAGGAUGUGGUGUGGAAGCAGGAGAUUUACUCGAGCAUCGUCGAUCUGGCGACGUUGCAUUUGACGUCGUGCGACAAAAAGCUUCGCGACAAAUACGGCGUAUUACUGAUGCUGAUGCCGAUUAACAUUGUCAUACCGAAAUUGAACAAAGAGUGUUUGUUCUCAGACACCAAGAAAAUACGGGAGAUCGAGACAUAUUCAACCGAGUCGUUAAUACUCGCUCAAAGAUUGCACAUGCGAGGUAACAAUAACGGUGAAUUAUUGGCGCAACAUUUCAAAACGUAUAUGGCAUUCCUGUUGCAAGAGCGUCACCUCGACGCGUCCGGUUUGUCGGAGAUCUUCACUCUGUGCUGGCCAGCUGUAUCGGAGAAUGAGACUACAGCGAGGAUGUACAAUCUAGCGCUGGCGAACUGUUCAUUUUUGUAUUUCUGGAGUGGUUUUGAGGCAGCGCAGCACUGCGUGCUCAACAAGUUGCGCACGUCUCUGGGGAAGCCGCAAGAGACGUUCACGUCGAUCGAAGGCGCUCUAAAGAUUCUGGCGCGUGAAAUAUCGUACUGCGUGGACGUUAUCAAAAAGGACAAACGGGAUCUGGAUCACAUCCUACACGAGCAUACACGGGUGAGACUUUUCAUUGAGUUCCUGGAGCACCUGGAGAGGGUGAUUCACAACGCGGCGGACGGUUGCGCGAUGGCGUUGUUACCUUUGUCGAAGCCGGUCAGAACCUUCUUCCACACCAACAAAUCGACAUGCAAAGAAUGGUUGAAUCGCAUACGGCUGGCUUUAUGCGUGGUCUCGCUGCACUCAGGCCUGGCAACGAGCGCGCUGCGAAACGGCCAGCGGCUGCUGGAGGAUCUAAGUAACGCCGACAACACGCAGGGCGUCGAGUUCGAAAGAGCGACGCUAUGCACGGCGCAAGCUAUGGUCGCGCUGGGCGAAGCGGAGGCGUUGCAGGGACUCUACGUGUACACUAAGGAGAACGACAGAAAGUUUCCGUGGCUGAAGGCGGCGAUGGAGGAAGCCGCCGGGCACUACGAGUCGGCGGCGGAGGCUUACAAGCAGAUUAUCGAUGAAGACGUACACGCGAAGAUGAACGACGACGAAGGCAACAGCGACACUCAAGCACUCGGCUUCUGCAUGCAGCGGCUUUCCAACUGUUACAAAGCGGUCAGCGACUGGUCUGGAUUGGUGGACUGGAAGUCGCAGGAGAGCGAAAUGUUGGCGCAGGAGAGAAAUGCUGCCUUGCGAAAGCAAACCGCGGAGACCAUCGUGCCGCAGCAGGCGGACUGCCUGAAGAAGUUUGAAGACGGCGAAUUGAUCUCUCUCGACGAGCUGACGAAUUGGAAUCUAUUGGACGAGGAGAGGAAAACCAAUUGGAGCUGCACGAAAACGCUGGUUGAGUGUAGCAAUAGUUUGACGAACAUCGCGCUGCGUAUUCGCGCCAACGAAUUCAAGGACUCGUUCAACAACGACAUCGAGAGAUGCCAGAGAGUCGCGGCCAAGACGAUGCAAGACGGCAUGCGAAACGUGCCGUCGGAAUACCUCAGCGACUCUAUUUUGCUUCAGUACUCCGCGACGGGACUGAAGAAUCUGCUGAGCGGCAAGAACGGCAAGAACGUCUUCGAGUUGUUGAAAGCCGACAAGCUCAAUCACAUCAACUCGAACAUUUUGACGCAAGUGUUGUGGUGGUCCGAGUAUCUGGAUGAGACGUGCGAAAGCGGCUCCAUGGAAGUGGACAGUCUGCGAUUGCACGUGAUUAGAACCGCGCGGAAAGAGGGCAACUUCAAUUUGGCGAAGCGCGAGAUGAUCAAGUACUUCAAAAUGGAACAGGAUCUGAUCCAGCUGAAGGAUCCGACCGUUUGCACCUUCUCGGAUAUCACGAACAAUAUACUGAACGGAUCUGUGCAAGUAAAGUGGACGAAGAACAGUAUGCGGGCGUUCCGAGAAUUCUCCAAACUGCUGUACAACAUGGAGAACACGAGCGACGCCCUGAAGAUGUGCUGCGUGACCUCGCUGGGCAUCUCGCAGGCGAUCGUCAACGGCGAGCAGUCCACCGAUCUACGAGAGACCGGCACCAAGCUGCUGCUCACUCUGGGAAAGUGGAUACAGCAGGACGUAAAUGUGAACGAGAAUCCGCAGUUGGAGAAGCUGUUGCGAUUCGAGGCGGUGCACAACGACGGAUUGAUGGACAAACUGUUCGGCGAUACGAUCGACCUGAUCCCGACGUCGGACAUGAUAAUCGGCAAGCUGAUGCAGCUCGGUGUGAAUCAGUGUCCGGACCUGCCGCUCGCUUGGUCCAGCUUCGCCGCUUGGUGCUACAAGUGGGGCCGCAAGAUCGUCGACAACUCGAAUUCGGGUCAACUGACGGACACCGACCGGUUGAACAUACAGUCGCUGCUGCCGAUGGACAUAGCGGAGGCCGAUCUCAACGCCGUGUUCGCGAUACUGAGUCAGAACAAGACGCUGCCCGAGGACGAGGGCGACAUCGAUACGAACGACAUAAACACAUCUGACAUGAUCGAGAAUCAGCUGCGCAACGUGCCGGCGCUGCGCCACGCGGGAAGCGAACACCUCGGCAUGCUGGUCGACAUUUGGCGGCAGGCGCAAAAGCGCAUCUACUCGUACUACGAGCUCGCAGCAAAUGCAUAUUUCAAGUAUCUACAACUGGCGAACAAGGAGAUCAGACACGACACGAACGAAUACGACACGAUUACUGCGACAUUGCGAUUGCUGCGACUCAUAGUGAAGCACGCACUGGAAUUGCAGAGUGUGCUCGAAGCCGGUCUCUCGACCACUCCGACCACACCCUGGAAGGCGAUCAUCCCGCAAUUGUUCUCGCGUCUCAGCCAUCCGGAGGCGUACGUGAGAACGCAGGUGUCCGAACUGUUGUGCCGCGUGGCGGAAGACAUGCCGCAUCUUAUAACAUUCCCGGCGGUGGUGGGCGCAAUCACCGGCAGUCAGAGGAAAGUUUACGACAAGAUCGUCUACGAGAAGCUCAACGACAAUGACGAAUCGCAGAACGAUUCGGACUUGAAUGCCGCCGAAGAGGACGGCGCCGCGUGCGACAGCGACGAGCACGGCAAGAUUAUGGACUCCUGUUUCUCGCAACUCGUCGAUUGCCUUUCCUCUCGCAUCCAGAACUCGGUGGUCCAGGUGAAGGUGCUGGUAAAGGAGCUCCGACGUAUCACGCUACUGUGGGACGAACUGUGGCUGGCGACACUUUGCCAACAUCACGCGGAGUUCACCAAGCGUUUCGAGCAGCUGGAGCACGAGAUCCAGCGAGUGCAGGAUAACAUUUGGCUCGCGCACGACCAGAAAGAGAAGCUGAUCGCGGAGAAGCAUAGAAUUAUUCUGAAACCGAUCACGUACAUACUCGAGAAUCUUUUGGCGAUGACAUCCGUGCCGGCCGAGACGCCGCACGAGAGGAACUUCCAGGAGAAGUUCGGCCCCGCCAUCGAGGAGGUGAUCAACCGACUGAACAAUCCCAAGAAUCCGGCGAAGCCGCAGGUGGCCAGCGCGGCGCUGAAGCAUCUGGAAACUAAGCUGGCGCAGCGCGUGCACCGUCGCGCCGCUUACUCUCUAUCGAUGACGGACAUCAGUCCCAUCCUGGCCAAUUUGAAGGACACCUGUAUCGCGAUGCCGGGCGUCACCGCAUUCGGCAACAAGAUCGUCACGAUCAUGUCGGUGGACAAUAACGUUCAGAUCCUACCGACGAAGACGAAGCCCAAGAAACUGGCGUUCCGCGGCUCCGACGGUAACGUUUACACGUACCUGUUUAAGGGACUGGAGGACCUGCACCUGGACGAGAGAAUAAUGCAAUUCCUCGGCAUAUCCAAUGUUAUGAUGUCGAUGAACAAUGAAACGCGAAACUAUCGGGCGCGACACUACUCGGUGAUCCCGCUGGGUCCCAGAUCCGGCCUCAUUCAGUGGGUGGACGGCGUGACGCCGCUGUUUAUCCUCUACAAACGCUGGCAGCAGCGCGAGAGCGCCAUGAGCAGCAAAACCGGCGGCGGCACGACGGCGGUUAUGCGACCGUCGGAAUUGUUCUACAAUAAACUGACGCCGUUGCUGAAGGAGCGCGGGAUCAGCCUGGAGAACAGGAAGGAGUGGCCUCUCCAGGUGUUGAAGCAAGUGCUGGCUGAGCUAAUGGACGAGACUCCGAAGGAUCUGCUGGCUAAAGAAAUCUGGUGUAACAGCAUCAACGCCGGCAGCUGGUGGCAAGCCACCAAGAAUUAUUCGUAUUCCGUCGCAGUGAUGUCCAUUAUCGGCUACAUCAUAGGCUUAGGCGAUAGACACUUGGACAACGUUCUUGUCGAUCUCAAUACCGGCGAGGUUGUACACAUCGAUUACAAUGUUUGCUUCGAAAAGGGAAAGACUCUGCGCGUGCCGGAGAAAGUGCCCUUCCGCAUGACGCCGAAUAUCAAGGCAGCUUUGGGAGUAACCGGUGUUGAGGGUAUAUUUAGGUUUGCGUGCGAACAAACUCUGCGAGUAAUGCGCAGAGGCCGCGAGACGCUCCUGACCUUAUUGGAGGCGUUCGUUUACGAUCCUCUGGUAGACUGGCGGGCGGGCGCGGACACCAGUAUCGCCAGUUACGGCGCCUGCCAGGCUCGAGCGAGAUGCACUGGCAUCGGCAAGAAACAAAUGGAGCAGGAGCUCACGUGUGCGAUGUUCGCCGUAAGAGCAGCGGAGAUGCGCACGGAAUGGUUGACCAAUCGGGAUGAAUUAGCUAAAACCUUCCCGCUGCUGUGUCAUCAUUUGCUCUGUUGGAUCGAAGCGACCGAGGCCUCGCGGCAGUGUCAGGAUUUACUGCAGGACCGACACCAGCAGCUCGCGCUGGUGAAAGAGGCGCAGGCGAUGGGCCGGAACCACGGCCUGUACACGGUCGUGAAGCGAUACAACUCGUUCAAACGCGCGCGAGACGCUCAUGACAAAGCGAAGGCCGGCUUGAAGGAGAAAAUAGAGGAGUGCGAGAACCAAAUUAACAUGCACAACAUCGCGCUGGCCACCGUGCGAGGACCUCAGCUGGGACAGUGGCUAGCGGAAUUGGGAAGUCCGACCACUCAGGAGGAGCAUGUGGUGUUCGAUCUCGUGAAGGAGUUCCUGCAGAAUGCUGGACAGAAUCAGAUUAUACAGCAGUGCGAGCUGUCGGAGGACGAACUGACGCAGUUGGCCACCCAGCAGUCCUUAAUCAUACGCACCCUUCUGGAGAUGCUGAGCCAGUAUUCCGCCAUCUGCAGCCUGUAUCCCAUCAGCGUUCUUUCGCAGCACCGCACCGUACUCUAUCACACAUGGGCGAGCAAACUGCUGGCCACCGGCACGGUCGACGCUUGCCGCGAGGUUAUGGCGCAAUUCGAAGCGAGCGUGGAACCGAUUUGUUUGGACAGCCCACUGGUGCAGCAAAUAAUCGCCUUCUCGUACAGGAUGCAGGAGAUCCUGAACGAGUCCAACGACAGAUUGAAGAAGGCGUACGACAGAAUAAUGUCAGAAGGUCUACCGGAGGCCGGCAACAGAAUUGAGAAGGCGUACAUGGAGUCGCGGGCGCAGAUCACGAAUUUCCUGCGACGGGAGAAGGGCGCGGAAAAGGCGCUCGAGUGCGUCAACAUCACCGCGCUGUGCGCCCUGAACAAGCGCUACCUCAUGAUGGAGGGCGCGGCCAAAGGCGCCGGCGACUGCCUCGUGGAGCUCACGUCACGCGAGGGCGACUGGUAUCUCGACGAGAUGCGUCUGAUGUCGUCGCUGAUUGCUGAACUGAUCACGCUUAUACCGGACAGUCACAAGACGAACAAUGAUCCCAAGAUCCCGCUGAUACUCAAGUGUCUGAAGAGCGCCGAUCGCAUCUACAAGGGCCUGCAGGAGCUCAACUACAACUUUCAGACUAUUAUACUACCGGAGGCGAUGAAGACCGUCAUCACAGAGGAGCCGAGUGUCAUGCGGAUGAUCGGCGAGCUCAACGAUAUCAUAAUAAUGACCGGAAUACCGCUCGGCGAAAUUCUGGCACAGCUCGAGAUGCACCUCCGAUUCAUCGUGAUGGAGAUGGAGAGCCCGCACGCGGUGGUGCAGAGUAUAGUGGCCAACAUGAGAUUGCGAUUCGACGCGCUGCUGUCGCGACCGGCGGAGGUUCAGGAUCUUAAUCAGGAGGAGACGCUAACCCCGGGACAGAUGUUGCUGAUGGGCUUCAACGGGCUGUUCGAGAAACUGCAGAUGGAAGGUAACAACCUGGUGGCCACUCUGAGCUCACUAGACGUCCCGCUCAACUGGAAGAAGAUCGAUCAGAUACGCGAGGCCAAGGGGAUGUCCGGACCGAUCUUCAAUAAGGCGGCCCGACAAGUCCUGGAGGAUAUAUUCUUAAUCAAACGAUUGCACACCAUACAGGAGUUCUUCUUGAUGUGUCGGAAUAACGCAGGCGCGUUCAAGGGCGAAAUAACGAAUCUAUUUGACGACGAGCGACUCAACAAACCCGUUCGUGUCUUCACGGCCGAUUACGUUUCGCGACAGUUGCUCGGCGUGACGUCGCAGACACUGGCGAUUGCGCUGUGCUUUCUGCUGCAACGGAUGGGGCUUAACGUGACCACCGAGAUUGAGCAGCGCGACAUCGGAGCGGAGAGUAAGGUUUCGCUGGAGGAACUCUGCCGGAAGAUGGUGGAUCUGUGCCUCAAGAGGGGAUUGUUCUCAAACUCGGUUCUGGCGCAAGCAGGUGCGUUGAGUAGUACGUUGGAGAGCGCCUGGCGACGGAAACAAGGCGCUAGAUUGGCGCAGCAGAGCGCCGAGGUGGCCAGAGCCAGCGUGCAGAGAUUGCAACUUCAGCUGACCGCUCAUCACUGGUUGCACGAGGACGUUAUGAUGAUGAGACCCAAUCCAUUGAAUCCACUGAAUCCUCUGAAUCGAUCUAAUUUGUUACUGGAACUACGCAAAACAGUAGCGGCACUAUCAAGCCUGCAGACACGGGUGUGCGAGGCGCGCGAGCAACAGCAGAAUCUUGUAGCGAACGUGGUGCAGCGCCUCAAGUGGGCCGCCGGCGCUAAUCCGGCACUCAAUGAAGUUAUGUCGGCGUUUGACAACGCCGUGAUAUCAUCGUGCGAUAAGUUGACCAGGCAACACAAUUUGGCAGUGAUAGUGAUAAAGACAUGCAAUUCCAUCUUGCACUACGAAGCACUGCGAACCAGAACGUCAGAGAGCAUGGCGCAUGACGCGAACCUAGCGAAGUUGAUCAAGCACUGGGAGGAGAGCUGCAUGCUAACGGUCAACCUGAACAUCAGUGUCACUAUGACAGAGGAGAACCUCGUACAGCUGCUGCAGUUGGAGAACAAUGUGGACGCUGCGUGGCUGAAGCAGGCCGAGAAGAUCGUGUCUGACGCGAUAGUUGACACGCAGAAGAAGCUGCAGGAGAAACAGGAUAAUCUCUUUGCAGCGGAGAAUUACCUGAGAGAGCGAGUGACUAGUCUUCAAAGCGUGCUUACCGAACACCACCGCUUAAUGUCAGACGUUCGAACGUUGCUGAAGUCAAUGGCGAAGCAGGAAAACAUCAUCGGUCUGCAAGACUUCCUGCACGCCUAUCGCUCGUUCACGGAGAGCGUCUCGAUGGUGGUGAAGGAACUGGAGUCUGAGAAUUUUGAUUCCGCCCGCGGCCUGGCGAUCAAGAACGAGCUGGAGGCGAUGGCGAUCAAAGUGCCCGGUUUGUACAAUCAAUUACUCGAGUUUGCAAGCGAGCACAAGCUGAAUCCAGCAAAAGACGCGGAGAAAGGACCUGACGGCCUGUCGAAGAAGAAGGGCAAGUUGUUGCGGCAGGACAGCGUAUACCUGAGUCCGAGGAAGGGUACGCCAUUGGCCAGAGAUCCGACCACGGGCAAAGCUGUGCAAGAGCGGAAUGCCUACGCGCUGAACGUGUGGCGCCGCAUACGUAUGAAGCUGGAGGGCCGCGAUCCGCAGCCGUCGCGCAAGUACACCACGGCCGAACAGGUGGAAUACGUAACGCGGGAGGCGCAGAGCACUGACAAUCUCGCCCUGCUGUAUGAGGGCUGGACACCGUGGGUCUGAACGGACGGCGGUGGGCGCUCGCGCGCUUUGAUGGCUCGACACUCGUCUCACACGGUACUCAAGGACGUACCAACGUAAUCUACGUUGCCGUAACGUCGCCGUAGGACGUAACUCACCAAGUUCCGCAACGAAACCCCAGGUGGCGGAGUAACGAGCAAAACAAAAAAAUGUCAUCCGGCAAAUAAGUCAAUAGAAAUGAGUCCUUCUCCGGCGCGACUACUAUGCUGAUUCUAUAGUUGUCUCAAAAGAAAAAAAAAUGAGGAUGACCCGAUCUUAAAUUAAUGUAGGAUAACGUGUCGUUCUUUUUUUUUCUUUUUUUCUUUUUUUUUUUUAGGGAAACGAGAUUUGUGCGUAUACUUAUGAUGUACGAUGAACGCAGACGAAUGUAUGGAUAAGUAAUAUCAUAGGAAGGCAUUUUUGGGGGAAGUAUAGAAUCGGUUGUUUCCUUACACUAACGGUGUAGUCGUGAGAAGUUCAGAUGACGAUAUAUUGACGGGAAGUCCGAUGACGAUGGAUAGCCAACGAUCGGGCUGUUACUAACCAGCGUAAUGCAGGCUAAUAUGUUUAAUGCCAUAGUGUCAGGAAAAAAAAACUGACACUUUUUAAUCGAGGCAUCAGAAUCGGUUUGCGCCGAUGUAACGUUAUAAUUUUAGAUAUAUAUACGUGGAUACUGUAUACAGACAAACAUUUGACGAUUAAUGCGAUCAAUCAGGGACCGAGACGUCAUGCAGACACACCAUUGCAACAUUAUUUUUUAACGCGAAAAAAAAGGGAAAAAUUAACAAUUUGCGAUUUGAUGAAAGAACUAAAAACCUUAUUAUCCAGUUGUGCGUAAUUAAAUGUCCAAAAUCGGCGCAUAUACAUACACAUACAUACACAGAUGCGCAUGUACACUUGUCUACUUAGUGUACACGUACACAUCUGCGCGACUGUACGUAUUUAGAAAUUUUAUUGAUGUCAUAGAGAGCCGAUUUGUCUCACUGAUUAACAGGAUGAAAUAAUUUCUGCAGUGGAUACCAUGCGUAGUUUCGAAAACGUUUGCCACGUCGUCUCGGUUUGAGUUUUAUGUAUCGAACGAUUCGAGCGAAAGAAGAAAUUCGUUAGCUUUAUAGCCGACGUCGAUAUUGGACGAUGUGUUCUCGCGGAUCCCUGAUAUUGCAUAUUUCUCGCCGAGUCGGUUUUUUUUUUUUUUUUUUUUAAUACUUAAAUAAUGCUAUCGCGAUAAGUACUUUUUCACGCAUUGCAGAGAUGAUAAUGAAACUCAUUUCGUUCCAAUAUCUUUAUUGCCAACUUUGAUAAUCGUUGCAAUUUCAAUUUUAUGGAAUUUAUUGUAUAUGCAGGCGAUAUCUUAUUGCAAAACUUAAAAAUGAAAUCGGCCGAUGUGAUCCCGUACGGAGACAUAGUAAAAUUGUGUGUACGCAGCUCUACAUUUCCAUAUAAUUUUUUAUUUACUUUGCAGCGUAGAACUUUUCGACAAACUUUACACAAUGACUACGAGAUUGGCGUUAUGUAAAUUCGGAUGAAAAACAAGGACAAAAUUGAUCGCGCCACACGUAACAUCGUGUAAAUUCAAUGUGUAAUACAAAAACUGCUAUUUUACUUGAUGCAAUGCUGAAACUAAUAAAAGGAACCUCAAGUAAAUAUGAAAA